AUGCCUCGGAAAGGGAGUCGUAAAGUCAGGACGGGCUGUCUCACCUGCAAAGCACGCAAAGUGAAGUGUGACGAAGGCAAGCCACACUGUAACCGUUGUAUUACCACCGGGCGCGCGUGUAGCGGUUAUGCCACUAAACCGAGCUCGGGACUGCUCUGGAACCGCCCGCGUCAGCUAUUUCAGAGUAUAGACAGCGCCAGUGAAGGGAGAGCCCUGCAUUUCUUCUGCGAGAAGACGGCCCAGUUUUUAUCAGGGGCUACUGACCCGUACUUCUGGACCCAUUUAGUUAUGCAGUUCAGCAAUUUUGAACCAGCUGUUAGACAUUCUGUCAUAGCUAUAAGUUCGUUAUAUGAACAGUUCCAAGCUGAGGGCGAAAAAUCGCACUCAGGGGUUCAGCUAAGGGAUAAUAGCCUUGCGCUACAACAUUAUAACGCUGCUAUUCGCGAACUAAAGACGACGGAUAACCAUCCUCUAGUACUAUUAGUCUGCAUUCUUUUCAUAUGCAUCGAAUUUUUACAGUCUAACAAAGAGGCAGCCAUACAACACUGCAAACAUGGCAUUGCUCUACUCGAGGAUGCUAAUUACUCCUGGGCAAGAGAACACUUAUUACCAGUGUUUAGGCGACUAAGUUCUUUUCCUUUCUUCUUCGGGACGGGGUCUAUCGAUUUUCCCGACCUUGUCUCCGUAAAUAGCCCUCUUCCAACAUCCUUCGACGAUUAUAUCGAUGCAGCGGCAGAUUCGUACCGGUUCGGGGACUUACGAUAUAAGACGGUGUCGUCCGACCUACUGGAAGAACAGAAGGUAGUUGAAAAUCUCCUAGACGAAUGGCAAGUUUUAUUCAAAGGCCUGGAUACUAGGUCAAUGUUACCGACUACACCCACAACAGAAUGGUACAAUUUAGGAAUAGAGUUCAUCAAAGCAAUGUCCCGUGCGAUCUUACUAGUACGCUACGAGCUCAGUCGAAUCACGCUAGCCAUAGCCUUCGAGGCCAACGAGAUGUGUUACGAUCAAUAUCUGAGCGGUUUUCAGCGAGCACUCGAUUCAUGCCUACUCGUUGACUCCGUGCUUCCCGAUGGAUCUCGAAUGCCAACUACAAAACGCGAACCGCAGUUUAUCUUUGAGACAGGCUUCAUGGUGUGGCUUCACCUUAUCGCAACGAAAUGCCGAGUCUUGAGCAUACGAUUAGAAGCUUUACGCUUAAUAAGAGUGCUCGGAGUUCCACGAGAAAACCUAUGGGAGUUAGACCAAGUGUAUGCGUUGGCGCGCCGGGUUAUCGAGAUUGAGCAUGGCGUGGUACUAAACGACGAAGGGCAACCUGCUACUCCGGUUCAAUGCCCAGGCUUGCCACCAGAUGAGAAGAGGGUACGGUUUACCAUAAUGGAGCCGAAGUCGUCUACAUAUAUUGAUUUAAAUGGAAAGGAGAUAUGUGGAUGGACAGUAGGCUUUGUUAUGCGGGACGAACGGGAUGCGAUCGUCACUCGGAACGAAUUUAUCCCUGCCUGA